CCUCUUCCACCGACUCCCCGUAAAUCCAUACACAGUCGCCAAAAUGGGUCGCGUCCGCACAAAGACCGUCAAGAAGUCCGCCAAGGUCAUCAUUGAGCGUUACUACCCCAAGCUCUCGCUCGACUUCGAGACCAACAAGAGGAUCUGCGAUGAGAUCGCUAUCAUUGCCUCCAAGCGUCUCCGCAACAAGAUCGCGGGUUACACCACUCAUUUGAUGAAGCGUAUCCAGCGUGGUCCCGUCCGCGGUAUCUCCUUCAAGCUCCAGGAAGAGGAGCGUGAGCGCAAGGACCAAUACGUUCCCGAGAUCUCCGCUCUCGACUUCACCCAGAACUCUGAGUCUGGUGCUCUCGACGUCGACCAGGAGACCAAGGACCUCCUUAAGUCCCUCGGCUUCGACUCCAUCCCCACCAACGUUGUCGCCGUCUCUCAGCAGCAGGCCGUCGAGCGCCCCCGCCGCUUCGGCGACCGCAACGCCCGCAACUAGAUGUUGUGUACGGCUCGGUUCUCCUUUCCUUCUCGAUAUCCUGAAAAUACGGUGCUUGGGGUUGGGAGUUUGCCAUGACUACGGCAUGGUUUUACGGCUAUAUACGGCGGCACGACGACUAGGAGUCAAUGAAAAGAGAGGUUCUUCUCCCCCACUAGGUGUCGCUGAUUUUGAGUGCCGCAAGGCGCGAAGAUGAUGCUUGAUUGCCAAUUCCCCUUCACCGGGGCCCCCCUCGAUGCUAUGUGAUGUUGGUGUGAUGUACUAAUGAGGGCUAGGACCGUACCGCAUGGCUGGCUGUCAUCAGGUAAGUGAGCCUCUUUCUCGUCGUUAGUCCUAGGUUUUAUCCUGGUACAUACUUG